AAAUAAAAAUCGACACCUUUUGCGGCGGCAGAAGCAAGCAAGAAAUCGUGGACCUUUCAACUUAGCAACCAGUCUGCGGUCCACUUUCUCUCUCCUUUGACUAAUUUCCUUCCAACCUCUCUACUCUCUUUGUAAAGAUCAUUUCCGAAGAAUCAACACCAAGAACUUUCUUCUCCAAUUCAACAAGAUGGGACUCUUUUCAAUGACCUUCGCCGGCGGCAGUUUAAUCCUUAUCGGAGCUUGGGAAUCUCUCUCCUCCUCUUCCUCCCCACCACCACCACCCAACAACCACCGCCGUUUCUCCACAAUCACCCUAAUCUCCGCCGCAUCACUCUCUUUACUCUUCAUCAUCGACUCUCUACUGUCCUUCUUCAACGCAACCUCCUCAAACGACAAAGUUGGGUCCGCCGUUCAACUCCAGGUACUCGCAAUUUCCUCCCUUUUCUUCAUGUUUUCUCUUCUGGGUUCCCUCAAUUUCCCUUACCCUUUACUCAAUUUGAUCCUUCUCUUCGCUUUUCUUGAAGAAUUUCUCCUUUUUCACCUCCAUUUGAAAGAUUCUGAUGGGAUUGAGAAUCGUUAUUAUGAUUUAAUGCUUGUUCCGAUUGCGAUUUGUGCGUUUUCCACUAUGAUUGAAUUGAUUUCCCCAGAUUCUGGAACCCCUAAAUUAGGUCGUGGGUUAGGGUUAAUCUUGCAGGGGACUUGGUUUGUGCAAAUGGGGUUUUCGUUUUUCACGGACUUGAUUGCGAAUAACUGCAAUUUGCAUAUUAAGAGUAGGGGGAAUUAUACGAUCAAUUGCAAGGGUCAUAUGGAUACUCACCGUGGAGGGGCGAUUGCUGUGCUUAUGUUUAAUUGCCACCUUGCUUUCCUUGUUGCUCUGUUUUGUGGGGUGUUUUCGGUUUUUGGGAGAAGGUUUGUCGCCCAGGGUGAUCACUUGAAGUACCGGCCCCUCGGUGCUGAGUUGCGAAGAAUGGAGAACCAAGGGAGGUUUACUUUGGAUUCUGAUUCCGAUGAUGGUGUCAUUGAUGUGGUUAAACAAGGAGAUUGUAGUUCCGGGUUAAGAGGAGAGAAUGGUGCUGUAGAGUUGGGUGUCAAUGGUCAUGGUUCUCAUUCAGAGAAUUAGGCAACAUAGAAACAUUUCUUUCUUUGAUGUGAUAUAGAAGAUUACUUGUAAAUUGUGAAGGGGUUAUGCCAUUAAUCAAAGAAUGACGUAGGUUGAGGAAAGGGGAUGAUGCCCUCGAUUCGGGGAAGAUAGCUAUGGAUGUCAUCUUUGUAUUAGGUGAAUAAGGUGAUCAUAGUUAUGAGUGUAAUGAAGCAUUCACAUUCAUUCUUUAUUACUGUUUUUGAUGGUUUUCAGCCAUAAAAUGUUUUGUUUUGUAUAUUACUCGUAUGAACCACGAAAGCUUAAGCGUUGCAAUCUGAUGGAGUUGUACUUUCUAUUGUGGUACAAGUUUGGUUUA